AUGUCCGAAUCCUCAGCAGCGACAGUGCCUAUUCAACACCAUCCUACUCUCUAUUUCCCUGAUGGCGAUGUAGCUCUCUUAGCGAAACAACGCCUCUCUGAUUUGAACGGGUUGCCCGUUGAUAUCAUGCAAAUCUUCCGCGUUCACAGCUUCAUUCUGAAACAUCAUUCGCCUGUAUUUGCCGACAUGUUCGGCCUUCCAGCGCCAGAGAAUCUCGACGCCGACGAGACACAUGAAGGCGUGCCUUUAGUGAAGCUUCAAGAUGACGGGAAGGACCUCGCCAGUCUCCUGAACGCUCUGUAUAAUCCCUCAUGCGAGCUGAAUCAUUCAUGCGUCAGGGAAAUACCAUACAAGCGGUUGGAUCCAAACACACCACUCCUUGUCGGAGGCAUUCUUCGCCUCGCCCACAAAUACCAGAUAGAGCCGUUGCGUAUCCGCAUUCUGGAACAUUUUGCCGCCGACUGGCCGCAAAAUGUAGACGAGUGGGACAGGAUGGAGGCCGGAAUUGCCGCUGUCCGUCGGCAGCACUUAGGGCCAAGUGCAAUACAAGGGAAGCUCGACGGUCUCUACCUAGACGACCGCUUCCCCGAACCUGCCUUGGCCAUUAAGUUCGCGGAAGAGUUCCAGUUGAGCGGUCCGGCCGUACGCCUUGGGCUCUUCGCGCCGGGAGGCAGACAGUACGGUGGAACCUCCUGA